AUGGACAACGCCGGAGAAGCAUCGAGCAGCCGCCAAAAGAGGCAAAGACUAAUCUCUAUGGACAAUGCUGGAGGAGCGGCAAGUGGUGACUUGAUGGGACGGUCUUGGGUACUAUUCGACCGAGAUCUUCUCGACUGCCCUAUUUGCUGCUAUCCUCUGACUAGUCCUAUCUUUCAGUGUGAAAAUGGACAUAUAGCGUGCUCUACUUGCAGUAUUAAGCUGGAAGAUGAAUAUGGUACAUUGGUCGUUCUUCAGUGCUUCAAGGAGGAGCAUGGAUUGUAUGUUACUGUAAAUUGUAUCGCACCUUCUGCUCCAGGAGUUAGGGAAUUCUACUUUGAUCUCAUCUGCCGGAAGGGAUGUGAAACUUUUAGGUAUGAAUCCGAGGGGAUGACUAGGACUCAAAAGGUGAGUUUCGAAGUUCCUGUGGAGGACUACAUAUUGAUUCCUUCUUAUGCCCUGGAUGAAAGCUCUAUACUGAAGAUGGAAAUACGCAUUCGCGAAAGAAGAUGCAGACGAUACAAAGAUCUUAGUAUGAGUGAGAUAGUGUCAUACCUCAAGAGGAUAAAUGAUGAAGAAGAGUAA